AUGAAGUUGAAGAUUAUCAUCGCAGGUGGUGGCUUGAGCGGACUUGGAGCCGCCAUUGCCCUCAGACAAAAAGGCCAUGAUGUCACUGUUCUCGAGAGCGCAUCUAGGCUCGCAGAGGUUGGAGCCGGCAUCCAGAUCCCGCCGAAUAGCACCCGAGUGCUGAAGGAGUACGGAAUCUACGACGAGAUUCUGAAGUAUGUCGUAUGGCCCAAGAGCAUCCAGAUCCGCAGAUACGCGACGGGAGAGAUUCUUGAUCGGACACAUUUGCAUCCACGCCUCAGCCAAGUCUACGGCUUCCCAUACUUGUUGAUCCAUCGCGCAGACUAUCAGAGGAUCCUGUGCCAGUACGCAGAGAAGCUGGGCGCCAAAGUUUUACUCAACAGCCCGGUUGACAGUGUAGACGAAGCCGGCCCAAGUGUGAAGCUGGCCAACGGCGACGUCCUGACUGGAGAUUUGAUCGUGGGCGCAGAUGGAAUUAAGUCAAGGACAAGAGCAAGUAUCCUGGGCAAUGAGAAUCCCGAGCCCGUCGAUUCGCCCGACUGCGCAUACCGAGCCGUGAUAUCUCGGGAAGCGAUGCUCAAGGAUCCCGAGACGGCUGUACUGAUGGAUGACGUUAACUGUAACUGUUGGAUCGGAGAGCAAGGCCACAUCAUGGCGUACCCGAUUGACAACGGCCAAGCCUACAACGUCGUCAUGCCUCACCCGGGCAAAGCCACUCUCGGCAAGUGGAAUGAACCAGGUGACCUCAACGAGAUGAGACAGAAUUAUCAAACCUACGACCCGGUCAUUCGCAAGGUCCUGGAGAAGGUAGAAUCCGUUCUUAAGUGGAAACUCGCAGAGAUGCCCCCUCUUCCUCGGUGGUUGAGCAACAACGGGCGCGUUGUGCUGAUUGGCGACGCUGCCCAUGCGACGGUUCCUUACCUUGCACAGGGUGCGGCCAUGUCUAUUGAGGACGGUGCAGCCUUGGCCGAAUGCCUGGAUCUUGCAGAUAAUAUGGACAUGGUACCUUUCGUUUUGAAAGCGUUUGAGGAGGUACGAAAGCCGCGUUGCGAGACCAUCCAGUCGGUUUCGCGUGGCAAUGGCGAUGUGUGGCAUCUUCCCGAUGGCCCUGCGCAAGUGGAGCGUGAUAGUAAAAUGGGCAAGGGUUUGAGGGACGAGGAAGAGGCAGAGGCAGAGGAGAAGUUGGAUUCAAAUUCAAACCGCUGGUCCGACGGCAGCUUUCAGCCCUGGCUGUUUGGAUAUGACACUGUGAGCGAGACGCGAACAUUCGUGAAGAAGAGGCUAUCCCCAUCUCUUUAA